AUGGAUCAUUCACUUAAGCAUCAUAUCACAUCUCACUCUGGAUUCAGUGCCUGUCAGUAUAAAGACUGUGGAAAAGCCUGCGGUUCUCCCUCUUACCUCAGCACUCAUGUGAGAACUCUUACUGGAGAGAAACCCUAUGAAUGUAAGGAAUGUGGCAAAGCCUUUCGUCAUUCGUCAAACCUCACUAUACAUUUGAGAAGUCAUAGUGGAGAGAAGCCUUAUGUCUGUAAGGAAUGUGGGAAAGCCUUUCAUAAGUCCUCAAACCUCACUAUCCAUCUGAGAAUUCACAGUGGAGAGAGGCCGUACGUAUGUAAGGAAUGUGGUAAAACUUUUAAUCGCUCAACACACCUCACUGCACAUAUAAGAAGUCACAGUGGAGAGAGGCCUUAUGAAUGUAAGGAAUGUGGGAAAGCCUUUCAUCAUUCUUCAAGCUUCACUAGACACAUGAGAACUCACAGCGGAGAGAGACCUUAUGUAUGUAAGGAGUGUGGGAAAGCCUUCCGUUAUUCCUCACACCUCACUCGGCAUAUGAGAACUCACAGUGGAGAAAGACCUUAUGAAUGUAAGGAAUGUGGAAAAGCCUUUCGUCAGUCCUCAUACCUCACUACACAUAUAAGAACUCACAGUGGAGAAAAGCCUUAUGAAUGUAAGGAAUGUGGCAAAGCCUUUAGUUGGUCCUCAAAUUUCACUAAACAUUUGAGUACACACAGUGGAGAGCGGCCUUAUGAAUGUAAGGAAUGUGGGAAAACCUUUAGUCACUCCUCAGACCUCACUGUACAUAUAAGAAGUCACAGUGGAGAGAGGCCUUAUGAAUGUAAGGAAUGUGGGAAAACCUUUAGUUGGCCAUCACACCUCACUACACAUAUAAGAACUCACAGUGGAGAGAGGCCUUAUGAAUGUAAGGAAUGUGGGAAAGCCUUUAGUUGGUCCUCAAACUUCACUAAACACAUGAGUACUCACAGUGGAGAGAGGCCUUAUGAAUGUAAGGAAUGUGGCAAAGCCUUUCGUCAUUCCUCACACCUUACAAGACAUGUGAGAACUCACAGUGGAGAGAGGCCUUAUGAAUGUAAAGAAUGUGGGAAAGCUUUCCGUCAGUCCUCGUACCUCACUACACACAUAAGAAGUCACAGUGGGGAGCGGCCUUACGAAUGUAAGGAAUGUGGCAAAGCCUUUUGUCAUUCUUCAAUUCUCAUUAGACAUAUGAGAAUUCACAGUGGAGAGAGGCCUUAUGAAUGUAAGGAGUGUGGGAAAGCAUUCCGUUGGUCCUCGCACUUCACUAAACAUGUGAGUUCUCACAGUGAAGAGAGGCCUUGA